AUGGCGCAGAGUGUGCUGUCUCAGCCGAUUCACUAUUCAAUUUUAGAGGAAACAGAAAAGGGCUCUCUUGUGGGGAAUCUUGGAAAAGAUUUAGGAUUGGAUGCUAAAGAGCUGUCAAAACGCAAGCUUGGUAUCUCUUCAGAAAAGCAAUAUUUCACUCUUAAUGAGCAAAAUGGCAACCUGUAUGUGAAUGACAGGAUAGACCGAGAAGAAAUUUGUGGGAAAUCACCCUCUUGUGUCCUAAAAUUAGAAGCUGUGGUUCACAGCCCUUUGAAUGUAUUUCACAUACAAGUUUUGAUUAAAGACAUUAAUGAUAAUGCCCCACAUUUCCAGAAAGACAAUAUUGAACUUAAAGUGAGUGAAUCAAGUCUGCCAGGAGCUCUGUUUGUCCUUGGAAAUGCUGAAGACAAGGACAUUGGAGUCAAUACUCUUCAGAACUAUCAUUUGAGCCCAACUCCUUAUUUCAAACUAGAAAUCAAAGACAGCAAGGAUGGGGGCAAAUAUGCAGAAUUAAUAUUGCAAAAACAAUUGGAUAGGGAAAAAGAACAAGCGCUUCACUUGGUCCUUACAGCUCUGGAUGGGGGAGAUCCAAUAAGAUCCGGAACAGCAAACAUACAUGUUACUGUUACUGAUGUCAAUGACAAUGUACCUGUUUUUGACCAGGAAACCUACAAAGUAAGCCUGAAGGAGAAUACACCCAGAGGAACUUCCAUAGUUCAGGUUAAAGCAUUUGACAGUGAUGAAGGAACAAAUGCUGAAAUAACUUACACUUUCAGCAACAUCCUAGAAAGUAGCAAACAGAAAUUCAACCUGGAUCCACAUGAUGGAACAAUUACGCUUACAGAGAGUAUUGAUUUUGAGGAAAGUCAAAGUUAUAUAGGGAUAAUACAGGCCAUUGAUGGGGGUGGUUUCAUGACACAUUGCAAACUGGAGAUUGAGGUUUUAGACCAGAAUGACAGUCCUCCAGAAGUAGUACUUACUUCUGUAUCCAGUCCAAUUCCUGAAGACUCCAUGCCUGGAACUGUUAUUGCUUUGCUGAAGGUUCAUGACAAGGAUUCUGGAGAGAAUGGGGAAGUCACUUGCCAUCUCAGAGAACUUGUACCUUUUCAGAUAGUUUCAUCUACAGAUAAUUACUUCAAACUUCUCACGGAUAGUUACCUUGACAGAGAAAAAAUUCCAGAGUAUAACAUUACAAUUAUAGCCACAGAUAAAGGCAUCCCUCCGCUCUCUACAUACAAAACCAUCUCUCUAAAGAUCUCAGAUAUCAAUGAUAACUCUCCAGUCUUCGAAAUGCCCUCCUAUACCGCUUACGUGCCAGAGAACAACCCUUCCGGAUCGUCCAUUUUCAGUGUCAAGGCCUCUGACCCAGAUGAGGAUCGCAAUGCACAAAUCACUUACUCCAUCCUCAAGAGUAACAUUGAGGACCUGCCUCUCUCCUCCUACCUCUCUAUUAAUUCUGAGACUGGCACCAUUUAUGCACAGCGCUCCUUUGACUAUGAGCAAUUCAGAGAGUUUCAGAUUCAAGUGCGGGCCCAAGAUGGAGGCUCCCCACCCCUCAAUAGCAGCACCAUAGUGAGAGUAUGUAUUCUGGAUCAGAAUGAUAAUACUCCACAGAUCCUCUAUCCUUCCCAAGGAACUGAAAGUUCCUCUUUGUUUGAGAUGGUGCCUCGGACGGCUGAAUUUGGUUAUCUGGUGACCAAAGUGGUGGCAGUGGAUGCUGACUCUGGACACAAUGCGUGGCUCUCUUUCCACCUGCUGCAGGCCACAGAACCCUCUCUUUUCACCAUUGGGUUCCACACAGGAGAGAUCAAAACAGCCCGAGAAUUACUGGAGAGAGAAGCUGUGAAGCAGAGGCUGGUUAUUAUGGUGAAGGACAACGGACAAUCUCCUCUCUCAGCAACUGUGACUCUGAACCUUGUUUUUGCUGAGAACUUCCAAGAAGCGCUUCCAGAAAUGAACACUCAACCCAGUGAUUCAGACUCUCAGUCUGAUCUCCAGUUUUAUUUGGUUCUGGCUUUGGCCUUGUUGUCCUUCCUAUUCCUUGUGACAGUAACACUGACCAUUAUGAUGAAACUCCGACGGUCAAGGAACCCCACCUUUCUCCAGUGCUUUAUUCCUGAUGCAAAGACUGGUGCCAUUUACCCUCCCAAUUAUGAGGAUGGGACUUUGCCAUAUUCAUACCAGGUCUGCCUGUCUUCUGAAUCUAGAAGAAAUGAGUUAACUUUCUUGCAGCCUACUGUCCAAAUAGCAGAGAAUAUCCUCUGUAAUGUAAAAUCUGAUAUUUCCAUGAUGCUGAGUGGAGAUAACAAUUUUGAUGGUAAAACAGAGAAUGUGGAGCAGGCAGACUAA